CCUUUUGGGAGAGCACGGAUGAGCCUUCGCUCAAGAAAUUUUUAGAUUUUCGACUUUCGGCUGGCGACUUAGAAGAAUCAAAAGUUGAAAACGCUCGGUAUAAUAAUGAAAUAACUACCAUUAGCAGAUUUUACGCCGAAGCAUCAGCAUUUGGCCAGCAAGUAUUAAAAUGGAAAAAUCAUUUCAAGGAAAUGGGAACGACUGUCAUGUCUGUUGGUGAGUUUGCUCCACGAAUCACCUUGAGACUCUUCGUACCAUUGAGUACACUAACUACUCUGCAAACCGUCGUGUUUGUAGUGGGAACGACUGUCAUGUCUGUUGGUGAGCUAUGCUUAAUGGACUUUGGGACCAUGGAAAGUAAACGGUCAUCAGUAAUAAGGAGAUUUUGGAAGCUUCAGAAUGAAAACCAAAAUAUUAUGAUGAAGAACAAGUUGAUUGAGGAAAAAGAGGAAAAGGCAAAGGCGAAGGUUCGGAAGUUGCAGACAGCCCAACACGUAACCAUUGCCACAGUAGCGACAGAACAAAUUCAACAAUACGCCAAGUCAACCACUGCCAGCAUCGGGAAGAGGUUCCUCGAUAAUGAUAACGAAAAAACAGCAAAACGUACUAGAACUCAUAAGGACCAGCCAGAUGAGGACGACUCUGAAAGUGACGAAGACCGUGACUACCUCGAUGAUGGUGAAAAAUCCCCCAUGACGACCCAUGAAGAAACUGAUGAGAUCGAGAAUCAGAAGCAUGCAAGAUCCCAAAGCGAGAACUCGAACUCCACCGCACCAAAUCAUUGGAAACCUUUUCGAGUUGGCUAUCUCUCAAUCCUCAAAAAUCUCAGACAGGAAAGCAUCUGUAGAGCUUCCGCUGAGAGUCUAGCAAGUCUGGAUGGGGUUAAGUAUUUCGGAGAAUUUAUUCCGCUUUUCGAAAAAUACAAAGAACAGGAAAAACAUAAUGUGUACUCUUGUACCAACGACGAUGUUAUGGACAUCCGAGGUGACAGUGAUUUCGCGAAAUUUUUGACAAUCGAGCAAUAUACGAAACUGCUUUCAGUUCGACCAAAAAGAAAUGCUGUGCUACCGGAAUCUUGGUGUAGAAUUAUAGAGGAAUAUUAUAUGGAGUCAUUAACUGAAGGCGGUCCAAAGAAAACCAUUACUGAUUGGGUUCACAUCACAUAUGCGUUGAUUGUAGACAAAGUUGGAGAUUCUGAGGAGGUGAAGAGACUUAAAAAGUACCUGCAUCGAGUAAUGUUACCUUUAAUCGAAUCAUUCCUUAAACCUAUUCCGGACAUUAGUGCUCCAGACAGUAAUGAACAUCACUAUUGGUCAGAGUUCGGACAUCAUUUUUUCUCUAAGGCUUUACAAGAAUUUGCAGGACUGGAUUGGCGAGCCAUGGAGGUUCCCGUAUUUGCAUCUAAAUACAGAAAAAACCAUGGACUUGAUCAUGCAAUACAUAAAGUAGUUGAUGGAAAAUUUGCCGAUCUAUUGGCCCGGUCUUGGGAGACGGGAGAAGAAAUCUUUAUCGGAGAGCAAGCAGGGCCUCCUACUAAACCUGACCUUACGAAGCUCUCUACGGAUUCUUUCAAAUUAUAUCGAUAA